AUGCUACCGUUUACGAGAGAGAUGCAUAGAUUCUCUCCCAUAGUCGAGUUUCUUCUUAGCAAACGCCAAAUUUUCUUACAUUAUUCUCAAUUUAAGUCUCGCUUUGACUUGAUUCACCGAAGUUUUCACGUUUCUAGAGCUCUCGAAGAUAAUUUCCGGAGAAGUAACGGGAUUGGCUUAGUUUGUCUCGAGAAGAGCCACAACGAUCGCACGAAAAACUCCAAGUAUGAUGAAUUCGCGAGUGAUGUCGAGAAAUCAUACAGAAUUCUGCGGAAAUUUCAUUCUAGGGUUCCGAAGUUGGAACUCGCGCUUAACGAAUCCGGUGUUGAACUCCGACCCGGGUUAAUCGAACGGGUUUUGAAUCGUUGUGGAGAUGCUGGGAAUCUAGGUUACAGAUUCUUCGUCUGGGCGGCGAAGCAACCUCGUUAUUGUCACAGUAUCGAAGUGUAUAAGUCAAUGGUGAAGAUUCUUAGUAAAAUGCGUCAAUUUGGAGCUGUUUGGGGUUUAAUUGAAGAAAUGAGGAAGGAGAAUCCGCAGUUGAUUGAACCGGAAUUGUUUGUGGUUUUGGUUCAGAGAUUUGCGUCUGCGGAUAUGGUGAAGAAAGCCAUUGAGGUGCUCGACGAAAUGCCUAAGUUCGGUUUUGAGCCAGAUGAGUAUGUAUUCGGGUGUUUGCUAGAUGCAUUGUGUAAGCACGGUAGUGUUAAGGAUGCUGCAAAGCUUUUUGAGGAUAUGAGAAUGCGGUUUCCGGUGAAUUUGCGGUAUUUUACUUCGUUGUUGUAUGGUUGGUGCAGGGUAGGGAAGAUGAUGGAAGCUAAAUAUGUUUUGGUUCAAAUGAACGAAGCUGGGUUUGAGCCAGACAUUGUUGAUUACACUAACUUGCUAAGUGGAUAUGCUAAUGCUGGUAAAAUGGCAGAUGCUUAUGAUCUUUUGAGAGAUAUGAGAAGAAGAGGCUUUGAACCGAAUGCGAACUGUUACACGGUUUUGAUUCAAGCAUUGUGUAAGGUAGAUAGAAUGGAGGAGGCAAUGAAGGUAUUUGUUGAGAUGGAGAGGUAUGAAUGUGAGGCUGAUGUUGUGACUUACACUGCAUUAGUUAGUGGGUUUUGCAAAUGGGGAAAGAUCGAUAAAUGUUAUAUUGUUUUAGACGAUAUGAUAAAAAAAGGGCUCAUGCCGUCUGAACUCACCUAUAUGCAUAUAAUGGUGGCUCAUGAGAAGAAGGAAAGUUUUGAAGAGUGUUUGGAGCUGAUGGAGAAGAUGAGGCAAAUAGAGUAUCAUCCUGAUAUUGGCAUUUACAAUGUCGUCAUCAGAUUGGCUUGUAAGUUGGGAGAAGUAAAGGAAGCUGUUAGAUUAUGGAACGAAAUGGAAGAAAACGGUUUGAGUCCUGGAGUAGAUACGUUUGUCAUAAUGAUCAAUGGAUUAGCAAGCCAAGGUUGUUUACUCGAAGCGAGUGAUCACUUCAAAGAAAUGGUAACUCGAGGACUGUUCUCUGUUUCUCAAUAUGGAACUCUGAAGUUAUUGCUAAAUACCGUUUUAAAAGACAAGAAGCUUGAAAUGGCGAAAGAUGUUUGGAGUUGUAUCACAAGUAAAGGUGCUUGCGAGCUGAAUGUAUUAUCUUGGACAAUAUGGAUACAUGCCUUGUUCUCAAAAGGCUAUGAAAAGGAAGCGUGUUCUUAUUGUAUUGAAAUGAUAGAGAUGGACUUCAUGCCACAACCAGACACAUUUGCUAAACUUAUGAAGGGUUUGAAGAAAUUGUAUAAUAGAGAAUUUGCUGGAGAGAUUACAGAGAAGGUGAGGAAUAUGGCAGCUGAGAGAGAGAUGAGUUUUAAGAUGUAUAAGAGAAGAGGAGUGCAAGAUUUGACUGAGAAAGCUAAAUCUAAACAAGAUAGAGAAGGGAAGAAGAAACAGAGGAGUCGAUAA